AUGGAAGCUGCAGGAUUGAUUGAAAAGGUGAAUCCCCCUAUAACUUUUAAAUUUAAAUUUGGUACUCCUGCUAAACUUCCUCCGCCCGUUUUGCAAUUUGACCAAGUUUGUUUCUCUUACUCUGGGAAAACUUCAAGUAAAGAUCUUUUGUAUGAGGAUCUUGAUCUUGCUGUUGAUAUGGAUUCUCGUGUAGCAUUGGUUGGGCCAAAUGGAGCAGGUAAAAGUACAUUGCUCAAAUUAAUGAUGAAUGAACUUCAACCAGUAAACGGAAGAAUUUCACGUCAUACAAAUUUGAAAUUAGCAAAAUAUAGUCAACAUAGUGCCGAUCAACUUGAAAUGGACAUUAGUCCAAUAGAAUAUAUGAGAAAAAAAUUCUCUCAGAUGGAAGGUGAUAUAGAUUUUUGGAGAAAUCAAAUUGGAAAAUUUGGGCUUACAGGUUCUCACCAAACAUCAAACAUUAAAACAUUAAGUGACGGAUUAAAAUCUCGUCUCGUUUUUGCAGAAUUAGUAUUGUCCAAUCCGGAUAUAGUACUUAUGGACGAACCGACGAAUCAUUUGGAUAUGGAAAGCAUUGAUUCACUUGCAAAAGCAAUUAAAGACUUUAGUGGAGGUGUAGUUUUAGUGUCUCACGAUUUUCGAUUAAUUUCACAAGUUGCACAAGAGAUUUGGUUAUGUAAAGAUCGUACAGUGACGCCAUGGAAAGGAUCUAUUGAAGAUUAUAAGAAGUAUCUUGCCAAAAGUGUUCUUAAACUUUAA